AUGGGCCACGGCUGGAACAACAUGGCAGCUGGAGCAAAGACGCAGGGAAGUAAGCAAGUGGGUGUCAGCCCUCCACCGCCCACGUUCUCAGACAUCAGAAAGAACCCAAAGAUCCCAGAGGCAAGGAUCCCAAGCAGGAAGCAGCCACGGUAUAGAUCACUCGAAUGGGCGGUGGCGGCUCAAGCUCAAACCAACCCUUGGUCACCUCGAGCUGGCCUUGCGAGCCUCUGCUCCGUGCGGUACAGAGCACACCUCAACAGCUCUCUCGACUCUCGAGUCCCUUCUCACGGCACUGUGCCUCACGAGACCAGUCUUGGCGGCUUGUCGACGGUUGACCGUGAACCUACCUACCACCGGCGGAGGAGCGGGCCACAGAGCGGCCUCGCUACCUUGAAUCUUAGUUUGCUGCUCGAAACUAGACGCCAUGACGUCUUUACACUCUUUACACCCUCGGACGGUGUCAUGGUAUCAGACGGGUUUGAUGGUGGACUCAAUCCCACUGCACGCUCCCGCCGCAUAGAGUGCUGCGCUGGCCAGAAGUUUGGCCUGAAGUAUCUCUUCUUCCUGUCGUCAGUCGACCUCGAACAGCCUGCCUUAAGCUGCACCGCCUCUCGCCGAAGCAUCGUCGACCUCGGCCGACUGGUAGCUACCGCUCUUGGCGCAUAUCAGACUUUGGCACGCACCGACAGCAUGGGAUCUUUUCACCAUGGAAUGAAUUAG